AGCUUGUAAGGUCGCAAAGCUGUGUUCACGCCUGAACAUCACCGUCAUCGACACAGAAAAGGGCCAAUUGAUCAUGUUAGCACGUGCGCAGAUGAAUCAAGGCUUAGUCUCCUGGUCUGAUUGCCGGUAGGAGAGCAUGGGCAGUCUUUCUACAUAUACUACUGCCUAUCGAAGGCAGGAAAAGAUACUCAAGCCAUGGCGCGACUGUGGAUCCCAACAGCGUACUCCAUGGUACGGCUGCAUUUCCGGCUCAAGAUCACCAUGUUCGCCAUCGAUCCGCCUUCCUUUCGCUGUUCGCCCCAUGCACGCACCUCGUGGUCGUGCGUCACAUUCGGCAACAAGCGCUGCCCAGUCAUGGAGCACGCGGUGCGCGGAGUCUCUCCAUCCCAUCGAUCGCACGCCGCUCAGUGGCUUCCAUCAGCAGCAGCAGCAGCAGCAGCAGCAGCAGAAGGUCUUGCGGCAGCUAAGCCAAUCUCGAAUCGUGAAACACAAUCGCGAAUGGCAUCUGAAUGUCCGGCAUCUCACAACCGCACACGCGAGAACGCGCUCACAGCGAGUCGCUCCUGCGCCUGUCUGCCUUUAUGUGCUGACCCUGCAUCUGGCGUUUCGGCGGCCUCAGCCGUUUCCCGAGCGGUCCACGGCAUCAGCUGUCUCCAUCUCGACCAAGUUGUUCGGCACGGACAUUUGGACUGCGAAUUAAGUCGCGAUUCGUGAUUGUGACACGCUCACCGUACCGAUUGCCGAUGGAGUGAGGGAGCGCGGCGCUUGCUGGGAGCCAAAGGAGACUGAAAAGCUGUUU